AUGAGCAAGCGAAUCCGCCUCGGAAUCCUCACGCCGUCGUCCAACACCAGCCUGGAGCCCUUAUCGCAGGCGAUCGUGUCGCAAUUGCCCCAUGUCAGCGUGCAUUUCUCUCGCUUCACGGUCCUCAAGAUCAGCCUAGAGGAGGACGCGCUCAGCCAGUUCCAGACCGAGAAGAUCGUCGAAGCAGCCAAAUUGCUGGCAGACGCGCAUGUGGACGUGAUCGGCUGGAGCGGGACGUCGUCGGGCUGGCUCGGCUUCGAGGCAGACGAGAUGCUAUGCGAAGCCAUCACUGCUGCGACGGGGGUGCCCGCGACAACGUCCGUCCUGGCGCUGAACAAGGCCGUCAAGGAGCUCGGUGUCCGCGAGCUGGGGCUGGUCACGCCCUACAAAGACGAUGUGCAAAGCGCCAUCAUCAAGACGUAUGCCACCAUCGACGUCGACUGCACCAAGGAGAGCCAUCUCGGCCUGUCAACCAACGCGGCUUUCGCGGACGUCGCCGAGUCGACGCUGGACGAUAUGGUGGCCGGCGUGGCCGCGAAGGACGUCAAAGCCAUCUCGACCUUCUGCACCAACUUGUAUGCCGCCCAGCGCGGCGCGUACUGGGAGGAGAAAUACGGAGUUGUCAUCUUGGACACAGUGGUCACGGUGCUCUGGGAUAUGCUGCGCGGCUGCGGAGUCGACACUACUGCGAUCAAGGGCUGGGGACGUCUGCUGUCCGGAAUAAGCAGCGCAUAA